AAUGCUCUCUACACUCUCCAUCUAUAUAUAUCUCAUAUAUUCAAACCAGAAAAAGCAAACAGACUCUCCAGCAAUACCCUUCCCUCAAGCAAUUAAGCUUCAGAUAACCUCUGUUCUUCUUUCUCAUAAAGUUGUAUCAACAAACUCACCAUGGCUAGACAUCUUCCUGCUGUUCUCGCCAAGCAAUUUAGUCGGAGAUCAACAAUAUCUGCAAAUAAAGCAUUUCUGAGAUCUUCAAAUAUUCCGAAAGGUUUCCUAGCAAUUUACGUUGGAGAGACUGAGAUGAAGAGAUUUCUAGUUCCAGUUUCCUAUCUUAACGAGCCUGCAUUCCAACAUUUGCUAAGCAAAGCAGAAGAGCAAUUUGGUAUCAAUCAUCCAAUUGGAGGUUUGACAAUUCCUUGCAGAGAAGAUAUUUUUGUUAUUGUCACUUCUAGCUUUAGUAGAUCAUAAGGGAAUGCAAAUUAAUGUCACAGAAAAACAAUCUUGUUUUGGCACAAAAGGCCAAUUCAAUGUAAAUGCUACAGGC